AUGGUCACCUACGCGCUCUCCAUGUGCGACUUGUUUCUGGACUUGGACCACCACGACGCUGGCUUCCUUGACUACCCGCCCUCGUCUUUCAGCGGUGCUAGCUCUUCCUACUCCUUUGCCUCCAACGGCCCCUUCACGCCAUCAUCCGGCUCGUCCACGCCUGCUCGCCACAACUCAAUGGACUUCGGCUCGUCUUUCGCCCCUCCGGUGGACAAUGUCUUCACCCCGCCGCCAUCUUCCGUGUCUGCCUACUUUCCACUCAACAUGAAAGCUGGAGAUGGCUCCGACUUUCUCGCAACCGGGAUGCCUCUUACACCUUCUCGAAACCAACUCAACAACGUUCAGCCAAUGUAUUACAACGAUGUUGGAACCCAUCUUACGUCCCCUCAGCAGAUGGACUACUACACAUUCCACAACGGCCUGGCUCUUUCACCGCUUGCACCCAGCCCUGCCGCACAGGCAAUCCAGCCCGGCAACACAUACGAUGCGUGGUCCGUCUGGGAACAAGCAGAAAGUCCCAUCUUUGCCAAGUUUCUUUCGCCAUCGUCAAACUCUUGCCGGUCGGCUUCAAGAGUAAAACAGGAAGAGGAGAUGUCUCCCAUGUCGGCUGGUGAACACUCGUAUCCUUCGCCUGCCGGGAAGAGACAACUCUACGUGAAAGAGGCUCGGCAAAAAAACAACAGCCCUCCAGAUGUACAACGAGACGCUCCUUUGGCGCCCCGGCCAAGCAUGCACAUGGGCGGAGAAGUCAAGCAUGAGCAGGGUGCAUAUGGCCCAGGCUCGAUACUCAUCGACCCGAUCCAAAGGGUCUCUGCUGGAACCAACGUUUGUGAUUACCCUGGCUGUGGAAAAACAUACAGGCGGUCGGAGCAUCUCAAGAGGCACAAGAAAAAUGCUCACUCGGAAGUCCCAAUAUGGUAUCCCUGCAGCUUCUGCGACAAGAAAUUCAACCGACCGGACAACCGAAGACAACAUCUCGGGCUCCACGCCAAGCCAAGGCCGACCAAGAUGAAGGGCGUCAAAUAUGCUCCCAAGGCCAAGGCUGCUCUGGAAGAGGAGCUAAAGCACAUUCCCCGACGGAACAAGAAGCCAAAGGCCGAGCAUCACGUCUAA